AUCUUAUUUAGAUUUGGGGAAAACAGUGUUCAUCUGCGUUAGUCUCACUCAUUAGUAUAAGAAAAUUGGGGACCCAAUAUGCCUUGCUAAGACAACAGUGGGUAUCGCAUUGCAUCGGGAGAGUAGUUUCAACAAUGGCACUUGUGGGUGCCUCCGUAUUAUCUUGAAAAAUAGGAAACGAUGGAUGCAUUGAUAUCAUCAGUGUAAGAGUAAUAGCAUAUCAUCCAGAAUAAUGGAUGGAUUACACACCACGUCGCUGUGAGAAUGGAAACACAAUGUGUUUGUCAAGAAAGUAUCGCCACGGAUUCUGCAAAAUCGCUUGAGAAUUGCGGAUGUAUUUUCGAUGCAGUUUUUGGGGAGGGAGCUGAAGAGGGAUCAUUCUCCGUCUAAACCAGAUAUUCUGCAGACCGCAACGUCUUCGUGAACAAGGAAAGCCUUUCGCUGAAAGCAAGUGGACAUGAGGAUGACCAGAUCCCCCGGGAGCUGGGAAUGAUUCGGCAGUGUGCCCAAAUACUCUUUCCAAAGAGUGGAGGACCAGUCAAUGAAUUAUGAAUGUUAAACAAGAUGACCUCCUCUCGGCAGCAGCAGACGAUGAGAGGUCCUAGGUUGAACCGGGCCUUGUCCGACCCUUUGUUUGUGCUGCUCCUGGCCCUCCAGCUGCUGGUGGUGGCAGGGCUGGUGCGCGCUCAGACGUGCCCCUCUGUCUGCUCCUGUAGUAACCAGUUCAGUAAGGUCAUUUGCACCCGCCGGGGCCUGCGUGAUGUCCCAGAUGGAAUUUCCACCAACACACGCUACCUGAAUCUACAAGAAAAUCUUAUUCAGGUCAUUAAGGUGGACAGCUUCAAGCACCUGAGACAUCUGGAGAUUUUGCAGCUGAGUAAAAACCACAUCCGCAACAUUGAGCUAGGGGCAUUCAAUGGACUGGCGAGCCUCAAUACCUUGGAGCUUUUUGAUAACCGCCUCACCACCAUCCCUAACGGGGCAUUUGAGUACCUCUCUAAACUGAAGGAGCUGUGGCUGAGGAAUAACCCCAUUGAAAGUAUUCCUUCCUAUGCUUUCAACAGAGUACCCUCAUUACGGAGGUUGGACCUUGGGGAGCUCAAACGCCUCUCCUACAUAUCUGAGGGGGCCUUUGAAGGGCUGAGCAAUCUGCGCUACUUAAAUCUGGGCAUGUGCAAUCUGAAGGAAAUCCCCAACCUUAUCCCCUUGGUGAAGCUGGAUGAACUGGAAAUGUCUGGGAACCAGCUAUCUGUCAUCCGGCCUGGCUCAUUCAAAGGGCUCAUCCACUUGCAGAAGUUAUGGAUGAUGCAUGCCCAGAUACAGACCAUAGAGAGGAACUCCUUUGAUGACCUGCAGUCACUAGUGGAGCUCAAUCUGGCCCACAACAAUCUCACCCUAUUGCCCCACGAUCUCUUCACUCCCUUACAUCACUUGGAGAGGGUGCACUUACACCACAACCCAUGGAAUUGUAAUUGUGACAUCCUCUGGCUAAGCUGGUGGCUGAAGGAGAUGGUGCCAGCCAACACCAGCUGCUGUGCCCGCUGCAGCUCACCAGCUAGUCAUAAGGGGCGCUACAUUGGUGAGCUGGAUCAGAACUACUUUCACUGUUAUGCUCCUGUUAUUGUGGAGCCUCCGGCAGACCUAAAUGUGACCGAGGGGAGUGCUGCAGAGUUGAAAUGCAGGGCCAGCUCCCUUACCUCGGUGAGUUGGAUUACACCUAAUGGUUCCAUCAUGACACAUGGUGCGUACAAGGUCAGAAUCUCUGUGCUGAAUGAUGGCACUCUGAACUUCACCAAUGUUACCAUGCAGGACACAGGUACUUAUACCUGCAUGGUGAGUAAUUCUGCAGGCAACACCACGGCAUCUGCCACGCUCAAUGUGUCCUCUACAGAGAACAGCAGUUUCAGCUACUUUACCACAGUGACAGUGGAGACCAUAGAAACACCACAUAAUGAGGGCUUCACCACUGUGCAGCAGAAGGUGGGUCCCACCCCCUCUGCUGGCUCAUGGGAGUCUGUUUCACCCACCUCAACAACUACCACCACAGUCCGGACCCCACUCUCCACGCGAGCCACAGAGAAGACUUACACCAUCCCUGUCACAGAGCUGGGUGGAGAGGGCUCCCUCAACGGCUUGGACGAGGUAAUGAAGACUACCAAGAUCAUUAUCGGCUGCUUUGUGGCAAUCACCCUCAUGGCAGCUGUCAUGCUGAUCAUCUUCUACAAGAUGCGCAAACAACACCACCAGCAGAACCACCACGCACCCACACGCACCAUCGAGAUCAUCAAUGUGGAUGAGGACUGUGUAACGGGAGGGCCAGGCAUGGAGGGCCACCUGACUCUGCCCCCACUGGAGCAUGAGCACCUCAACCACUAUAAUACCUAUAAGACUGCAUACAACCACGCCUCCACUAUCAACUCCAUACACAGCUCAGCGCACGAACCUUUGUUAAUCCGGGCCAGCUCAAAAGACAAUGUACAAGAGACCCAGAUCUAAUACUUUUUUCAUAAUGAGACAUUAUAAAGCUGAAGAAAUUACCUAAGGACAUUAGUGACGGUUUGUUUGUGAGGACAAUGGCUGAGUCAUAGUGGAGCAAACGUGUGGUUGGGUAAUCAGUGGUUGGGGAUGUUUCUUCAAUGACUUUGGGAACUAGGGUAUGUCUACUGUUUCAAAAAGUGUCUUUACAAAACAGAAGUUAUUUAUUUAAGAAAAAAAACUAUUGUGGUUAAAUCAAGAAAAAACUGUAUUCUGCAAUUAUUUUUUCAGCACUUAAUUCAUUGUUUUUUUUUCUCUUCCUUUGACAGGAUUGGUUUACUAAUAUGCUUUCAAACUCUGUGUGAACACAUCUGUCAAAGAAAAACUCCUGAAGCAAAUUAUUUUUAAUGGUAUAUGGCAGAUUCCAGCCGUUAUGAAGUAGUAACCUUGUUUUCCCCGUGUAUCAAAGAAAUCGAGAGCACAUUAGUGAUUUUCUCCAGCCAUUAAUUAAUUGAUGAAACUUUUGUGACCUUCUGUAAUUGAGAUGAAUUAAAAGCUUGUUCAUUAUCUGGGAAUGAGCGACAGAACUGUCAGUGAUGAAAUUUGAUAAUAAUUCCAUUUUUUUUGUUUUAUUAAAUCUGUCACACACGCAUUGAAGACAGAUGCAUCCUUGGCUCUGCCGUCAAUAGACCAUGGAACCUACAUGAGGGGAAUAUGUUAAUGUUGUAUAAAUGAAGGCCAACUAUUAGAGCUAUGUAUUAGUUAAUUUAAGUUCUAUUGAGUGUCUAUGAAAGGAAAUAAUGUCUCUCUUUUCCUAUUCCCCAUCCAUCAUAUCAGUUUAUCCUUAAUCUCCAACAAGUUUUGAUUCAGUUUUCAGCUUCAUAGAGAUGUCCUGAAAUGAUUAUAAAGAAGAUGUCAUUUAUCCACAUUCAGAUUUGAUUAUUAUGAUAUUAUGAUAUCAUUAUGAUAUGGGAGCAACAGUACUGGCUACAAUAGAAUCACCAGGGACUGCAGUGGGAAAAUUGGUGGUGAUGAGGGGUGGGGAGUUAAUGUGGAGACCAGAGGGCUAUAAAGAACUAAAGUCUUCUGAGCUUUAGAUGUUCCUCACAUUUGGCAAAAUUACCAAUUUCCAUUGCCUAAAUAUGUUUUCCAUGUAUCAUGGAGUAACCUGUACCUUUAAAGGGUGCUUUUGCACUGGUGCACAUGAAGAUGUCUGGUAUGAAGCCACCUUUUUUCAUGUUGUUACCCCUUACCUCAUCUACAGCACUGCAGCACUGGGUGCAGUCAGAGGCAGACUGAUGAGCUGAAGAAAGAGCUUAAACCCUUUAUACAGCUGUCUGAGCACAUUGUCUGUCAUCUGCGUGCCACAUUCACACUUGGGCAGUGCAUGGCAGCCCCAGAUUCACACCAUGCCCCCUGCCAACCACAGGACUUGGCCCAGACAAGAGAGUGCCAAGGCUUUAUGCUGUGAGAGGCUUUAGGGGUGAGUGUGUGGGACUGGGCAUCAACCAGAUGUUCAGGUUGCACCUGCAUCUCUCCAUCUCCCAUAGCCACAACACAAUUUCCAUUUUAAUUGAUGUGCCCAUGGGCUUUGGAUGGACACAGCUUUGCAGGCACCCACACCCUGGAAACCAUUUCAAAGUCCCCACAGUGAAAAAUGUCACCAUAAAUACAGAGGUUAGGCAAGUGUCUGUCAGAUCUAAGGUUUAAAGAGAUGCCCCUGGUGUUUCUUUGGAGAUUAACUGCAGGUUGUUGUUUUUUUUUUCUUCCUCUUACCCAUGAAUCCCUACAUAGAGAAACAUAUAUAAAAAGGUCAUGCCACUGUCCUGCUUAAUUCAGUUUUGCCUUCAUUACACAGAACAGAAAAUAUCUUGUAUGCAUUUGAUUAAAAAGUAUACAGAGGAUAGAUCUUCACAAAAAAAAGUACUGUGAAAGAUAUGGUGUCAAAAACUCACUAUAGAGUCACUAUGGUUACCACUGACUUUAACCUGACCCAUACUUGAUGCGUACCGCUUCUCAAGUCAUGUAAAAAAAUAGACAUAGCUCUUUGUCUCAAUGUGAUGACUAGAGUAUGAAAGGGGAAUGAAAUACAACCGGGCUAAUUAUUGAAGAGAGAAAAUUGAUUACCCACUGGAUUAUGACUGUGGUACCCUCUGAACACUAUUCAUCCUAUAAUUGCACUUCUGUGGAGUUUGGCACAUUUGUAAACCAUAUAAUGACAUGGGUGUGUGUCAUUUAGUCUGUGUUUGAGUUUGUAGUGGUGGGAUGUGGAUCAAAGUUCUACUCAGUUAAAACAACAGAGUGUGACCAUCUUCCCUUUUUGCCUUUAGUUUGAGGUAAAUCAUCUGGAAAUUUUUAAUGGUAACAUUUGUUGCAUUUUAGUCAAGCUGUCUCAUGUAUGUAAGAUAUCUAAAUAUUUUUGGUCAGUAUUCUUUUUUUUCCACAUUAUUUUCUUUUUGAUUUCUCUGAGAGGGAAUGCUGUUCUAGUGGUAGAUUUCUAUAAAAAUACAUUUUGAGAAUAAAACAAAACAAAAACAAAAACUUUUUAAAUUUUGAUUUUACAUGUGCCAACAACCUGUUCUAAAAGUGAAAAAGAGGAACAUGCUGUAAAAGAAUAAGAAAUUGAUUUUCAUGUAAGCAUUCUUUCAUGACCUUUAAAAGAUAUGAAGAUCGAUUAUAGAAACCAGAGUUUGUAGUUCAUACACAAAAUAUGGUUAAAAUAAACUAUUGUUGUUUUUCUGUAUUGUCUGAUUGUUAUUUCCAUCCAGUGCCUCAAAAGGAUUGAUAGAAAUAUAGAUAUUGGGAGACGCUUAAAAAUUCAAUAUAUGAUUACAGACUGUGUACUAUGUUAUGAUGUUAUACUAUUAUUUGAUUAUUAUUUCCCCAUUUUUUCACUUGUGCCAUAUUUCGCAGUUACAAAUUAACAGGAAAAAGUGAUUCCGUACAACAUGUAAUGGUAAUAUGCAAUGACCUGUAAAUUUUCUGUAAUGCCACUGUUGAUCAGAAUUACUG